UUUUGUGUUUUGUAAAUAACCCUUGUGUUUGAUAGAACAGCUAUAAUGUGCAAUGGUGCAAUUAAAAGAAUUAAAGGGACAUAAAGGUGAUACAUCAUUGACGGACGGCCUUGCCUAUGAGAACUGGAUACAAACAGGAAGUACUGUCUACAGGCAGUUUUGGCUCUUCAGUGUAUUAAAUCCAAUGGACAUUAUUGAUUCAGGUGCUAAACCUCAACUCGAGCAGAGAGGACCCUACACUUACAGAAAUCUUCUCUUCCGGAACAAUACUUACUGUGACAUGAUAAACGGGACAGGUACCCUUGGUGCUUAAUAAUUUAAUACACCCUCGUGCCAUCAAAAAUAUUACCAAAACCGAGGAGGACAGGGCUCAGAAGAACAAGUAGAACAACAACAACUUGCAUUUAUAUAGCAUCCUUCACACAGGGAGGGUAGUGUCUCAGAGCACUUAACAAUGGCUGAGGUUUACUCUGAGCUGGGAAGAAAAGGGAGGUGACCACAGGGACGAUCAUAGAGGAAGGUUUUCAUAGGCGAUCUGAAGACUGGCAAAGAGGAGCAAUGUGGAGGGAUUGAGCCAGGGUGCUUGAGAGUUUCAGGGCAUAGUGCCUGAAAGAACAGCUGCCCUUAGUGGAGUGUAGGGGAUGAGAGACGAACGGAAGGCUGGAAACAAAAACAGAUGUCGCCGGGAACACUCAGCAGGUCAGGCAGGAUCU